AUGAGGAUCUUAAGGCGCACCCGAGGCUCCUUCUGCCUGGUCCUGACUGCCGGCGUCCUUCUUUCUUUCGGCUACAUCCUUGUGGCACCAAGUAAUCCACGGGAAGCCAAGAAUAAAAACGCCGAUCGUUUGAACACGAUUCCCAUUUCCACCGUUAUGGACCACGAAGAGAUACGGGGAGAUUCCUCUUCUUUUCCGGCUUCUUACCUCUCAACACACGAGGUCGAUAAAUUCGAUAACGAAGACUCAACAGGAACAGAGGAACGUAACGCAGUAAACAAUUUUAACGCAGAAUCAAAAAACAGCGUGCCUACAACAGAGUUAAUCGAUCGCGACACGGACGUACUCAGAAUAGAAGAGGCCACAGUGCACACGGAAGUCGGCCAAGAUGGGAAACCUGUGCAAACGCUAACGCGGCCUUCACGAAACUUCAACAAUGAUCUCCGUAACGAAGCAGGCGUUACUGAGGUCCGGGUCAGCAAAAGAAAAACUGGUGGAGAACUCGCCAACGAGCAUCCAUAUGGGCAAACAUAUUCCAAGGUUGAAAACGUCAACGAGAGGUCUUUCCCUGCAACAAUAAGGCGUAACAGUGCACAGAAAAGAAAAGUUGACAGCGAUGGCGAAGCUCGUAAGUACAGUCAGGAACAGCCGUUGUGCAAGUACCCGGAUCUACAGAUGCAGAGUUCAGAAUUCAACUACCUCUUUGAAAACAUAACAGACCUGUACUGCGGACAUCACUCUAUCGACUACCUGACAUAUUUAGACGAAACCUCUCGGACAGAAGAAUCUCCUUGGGAUCUAAUCAAACUAAAUUUCAGCGCCAUUUUACCAACACAGAAAUUACUCAACUGUACGUACAGCAAAGUCACGAGAUUCGAUGAUUACCAAGUUCUCUAUACCACUUUGCACACAGAGGUGUUUGUGUCCAACGAAAGAUCUUUGCAAUUUACAUUCAAAGAUCAGUUUGCUAAGGUUUCUUGUUUCUUGGAAGAGAAUGUUUUUAACCAAACACAACAAGAAUGGGUCAAAGUUAUUAGGGAACACAACAAUAUGUUCGUACAGGUAGUAAGGAAUGAGAAUCUGGUUGAAGACAAAAGGGCAAUCAUUGAGAAGGAAGGCCGAAUGAAGAAGGCCCUUGGACAUGGUAUGAACGUACUCAUGGUCGGAGUGGACUCAACUUCACGAAUGAACUUCAUGCGAAAACUGCCACAAACGUUCAAAUAUUUCACAGAAACAUUGGAAGGUCACGUCCUAAAAGGUUAUCACGUAAUUGGUGAUGGCACAACGGCUCAGUUCCUCGGCAUGUUGUCAGGGUUUCACGAGGAAGAACUACCCAACGCGAAAACGGGAGUUGCCAAUUCGACAACCUGUGACGUAUUUCCCUUAGUCUGGAAGAAGUUUAGAAGGAUGGGGUACACGACAAUGCACGCCGAGGACGAAGCAUGGACAGGGACGUUUACAUUUCGUAUACGGGGUUUUGAAGAGCAGCCAACCGAUCACUACAUGAGGACCUUCUGGGUAGCCCAAGAGCAACUCCCCGAGUCUGAUGAGUGGUACUGUUUCGGUGCGACUCCUAAGCAUCACUACACCCUGAAGUACGCCCGAGAAUUUGUAGAAGCGUAUCACGACAUCCCCAAGUUUGCCAUUGCGUUUCACACCGAACUCAGUCACGACAGUCUAAACAUGGUGCAAGUUGCCGACCAAGACAUCCUGACACUCAUCAAAUCCUGGAAGGAUAAAGGUUAUCUCGACAACACCGUUUUCAUCCUUUUUGCUGACCAUGGAGCCCGCUACGGUGGCCUGAGAAAGUUUCUUCAGGGACGGCUGGAGGAAAGACUGCCGUUCUUUGGUAUCGCCGUUCCACCUUGGAUGAAGGAGAGACAUCCCGAGAUCGUUCAAAACCUCAAGAAAAACGAAGAACGUCUCACGACCGCGUUUGACUUCCACAAGACGCUGCAGCACAUCAUGGACUACCCAGGCGACCCGUCUAUUUUCCAGGGACACGGCAUCAGUCUUUUUCAGGAGAUCCCGCUCAACCGAACAUGCGAGGACGCCUCCAUAGCUGAUCACUGGUGCACCUGUCUGCAGUCCGUACCGGUGGACAUACGGAACAAAGUAGUCCGAGAAGCAGCGGAAUUUGCCGUUUCCUAUAUGAAUCGUUUAACAGAAAUGCACCGAAGCCUUUGUGCUGUGUUAUUCCUAAAGAACAUAACUCACGCAGAAGUUGUUAAACCCAACCAAAAACUAUUACAGUUUGCUGGCAGUGACCGGAUGUUUCGAAACGCCUUAUUUGGCAAAAACCUUGAUGUUCCUUUCCUGGAUUUUCGAAUAACGCUGGAAACUGGACCCAAUGGCGGGGCAUAUGAAGUGUCAGUAAAGAAAUGGCUGUCUGAUAAUAGGGCUGAGAUAACAGGGGACAUCAGCCGCAUCAACGUGUACGGAGACCAUCCCAAGUGCAUACAAGACAAGUUUCCUCGUCUGAGGAAGUAUUGCUUCUGUAAAGAGUUUCUUGAACAUGUUCCCCCUGAGUAA